UCACAAAUAACCAAAAAAAAAACACUCAUUUUCUCUCUGCUGUUGAGAAAAAGAAGAAGAACCAGAAAGGUGAGGAUAUUCAAGAUGGGGAGCUUAGGAGAAGAAGCUUUUGAGAAGCUUGUGAUCGAUUACAUGGAGUUGGAGUCUCCAGUGAUCGCCUCCGAUGAUUUGGAGAAACCUUCAAGUGUUGUUCUUAUCACUCUUCAGGAUGCUCUUGGAACAAAAGGAGAAAAAGAGAAGGAUGUUGAAGAGAAGAUAAAGUCAUUUAUCAGAAGAAGAAAAUUAGCAUACAAAGGAGACGACGAGAAGAAAGAUGUGAUGAAAGAGAUUGUAUCUAAGCUUAGAUCUCACGGCUAUGAUGCUGUUAUCGCUAGAACCUCGUGGGACUCUUCUUUUGAUCGGCUUGAAGGAUGUAGAGUGUUUCGAUGCAAAAGAAAGUACGAGUUUAUUGACGUCAUGGUGUCUAGUGAUCGCGACGGUGAUGAUGCAAACAAGCUGAGACGUGUGAUAGUUGAUCUUGAUUUCAAAUCUCAAUUUCAGCUGGCGAAGCAGACAAGUGGUUACAAAGACGUGACUGAAAUGCUUCCGACAAUAUUUGUUGCGUCAGAAGCGAGACUCAAAAGAGUUGUUUCGUUGGUUUGUAAUGAGAUGAAAAAGUCGAUGAAGGAAGAAGGAAUGCCUAGACCACCGUGGAGGACUAAGAGAUACAUGCAAGCCAAGUGGCUCUCUGAGAAUCGUCUAAGAGUGUCUGCUUCUAAGAAAGGAUCUUGGUCUAUGUUUGAUGAUGGUCAAGAAGGUGAAGAUGUUGGAACAACGAGUCGUGGUGGCACUGGUUUGAAAACUAAGUGUUGUUUUCCUAUUUUCUAAGAGGAUUGCGCCAAGUUUUUUUUAUUUAUCAAUUUUAUAAGAGGAAAAAGGAGUACUGAGGUCGGAUUUUGAAUAUUAGUUGUGUUUUUUUUUCUUUUGGUAAAACAUUAGUUGUAUUUCUGUUUGUUGCUUCAUAUGGUUGUUCCUUUCUUUCGGGGGUGUUCAACAAAAUCAAAGAAGUGAAGUGGGGCUUGUUGUAUCAGGU